GCAGCAUGGCUACAUACAGAUACUUGUCACCAGAGGUUCUGUCUGGUUUUGAUCGAUAUAAGUACAGUUCCAUCGACACCAGUCCAAUCAGCAAAUACAUAACUCAUCCUUUUUGGGAUAAGCUUGUUCAGGUGUACCCAAGAUGGUUGGCUCCAAAUGUUCUUACACUGGCUGGAUUCUCUCUCCUUGUUGUUUCGUUUGUGGUGCUGACAUUUUUUGAUCCUCACUUCCUGGCAGCCAGCGCUGGCGAGCCAGGUGUUCCUCACUGGGUUUGGUUACUGUGCAGUUUCAAUGUAUUUUGGUCCCAUACAUUAGAUGGUACUGAUGGAAAGCAGGCCAGGCGGACAGGAAGCAGCUCUCCUCUCGGCGAAUUGUUUGACCAUGGACUGGAUAGCUGGGCUACGCUUUUUUUCCCAAUAAACAUGUACUCUAUCUAUGGGCGAGGAGACUUUGGAGUAGAAGUGUUCCGGGUUUAUCUUGUCAUGAUCGGAAUCAUGUUCUGUUUUAUUUUGUCCCAUUGGGAGAAGUAUAACACAGGCAUCUUGUUCCUUCCCUGGGGAUAUGACCUCAGUCAGAUAGGAAUGACUGUUCUGUUCUUGGUAGCCUACUUAGGUGGACAUGAGAUGUGGAGAUUUAAACUUCCCUUCACUGACAUGAUUUGUGCCGAGGGUUUGGAAUUAGCAAUGCAUUUAGGAACAUUUCUUUUGACUGUCCCACCAACUUUAUGGAAUAUAUAUGUUGCACACCGUGAUGGGACAGGCAAGAACAGAACACUGUGGGAGGCCGUGCGUCCACUGGUGGGGACUCUUGUACUCUUUUGCCUCAUGAUCACAUGGGCAAAGUACUCUAGCUAUCAAGUUCUUCAACAACAACCUCGUCUGUUUUACUUCCUCACUGGGACCUUAUUUUCCAAUAUAGCAUGUCGUCUCAUCAUUAGUCAGAUGAGUGAUACUCGGUGCGAGUUGCUGAACUGGCUGUUGUAUCCCCUGGCUGCUAUCGUGACUAUGGCACUGCUAACACAGCCAGGCUAUAUAGAGGUCCCCAUACUCGGACUAUUCACCGUCUUCACGACAGUAGCUCAUCUCCACUUUGGUGUUUGUGUGGUAAAGGAGAUGUGUGAGCACUUUAACAUUUCUGCUUUCUCCAUUAAGAAGAAAGACUAAAGAAUGAAAGGAUAUACACAGAUAUUGGUUCGCUGUUAAGAAUGUGCACUCUCUUUGGUUUACCCCUCUCCACACUGAUAGCAUAUGUCUUAUUAUGGUUUGUUUAAAAGUAAUUUAGUGCAAUACCAUAUAUAUGACCACAUUGACAGGAUUUAUGUUUCAGGAUGCUUAAUUUGUGGCUGUGAAAUUUUUUUUUAAAAGAGAGAGAGAAAAAGAAGGAAAAUGAAAAAAAAAUUACAUAUGUACUUACAAUGUAAGAAUUUUAUAUUUAUCUGAUAAAAGGAGUGAAAGUUUUAAGCUAGAUAAAAUAAUUGGAGAGUGGAAUUUGAAGAGAGAUUAAAAGUGGGCAAUAGAACAUGGAGAGUAGGAUUUGAGGAGAGAUAAAGUGGACAAUGGAACACUGAAAGUAGGAUUUGAGGAGAGAUAAAGUGGACAAUGGAACACUGAAAGUAGGAUUUGAGGAGAGAUAAAGUGGACAAUGGAACACUGAGAGUAGGAUUUGAGGAGAGAUAAAGUGGACAAUGGAACACUGAGAGUAGGAUUUGAGGAAAGAUAAAGUGGACAAUAGAACACUGAGAGUAGGAUUUGAGGAGAGAUAAAGUGGACAAUGGAACACUGAAAGUAGGAUUUGAGGAGAGAUAAAGUGGACAAUGGAACACUGAGAGUAGGAUUUGAGGAGAGAUAAAGUGGACAAUAGAACACAGAGUAGGAUUUGAGGAGAGAUAAAGUGGACAAUAGAACACAGAGUAGGAUUUGAGGAGAGAUAAAGUGGACAAUAGAACACUGAGAGUAGGAUUUGAGGAGAGAUAAAGUGGACAAUAGAACACUGAGAGUAGGAUUUGAGGAGAGAUAAAGUGGACAAUAGAACACUGAGAGUAGGAUUUGAGGAGAGAUAAAGUGGACAAUGGAACACUGAGAGUAGGAUUUGAGGAGAGAUAAAGUGGACAAUAGAACACUGAGAGUAGGAUUUGAGGAGAGAUAAAGUGGACAAUAGAACACAGAGUAGGAUUUGAGGAGAGAUAAAGUGGACAAUAGAACACUGAGAGUAGGAUUUGAGGAGAGAUAAAGUGGACAAUAGAACACUGAAAGUAGGAUUUGAGGAGAGAUAAAGUGGACAAUAGAACACUGAGAGUAGGAUUUGAUGAGAGAUAAAGUGGACAAUAGAACACUGAGAGUAGGAUUUGAGGAGAGAUAAAGUGAACAGACAGUAGAUUUACUUACGUUGUAUUGUUUAUCUCAAGGUUUUAUUACAAUGCCCUCUGUUUUACUAAUGCAUACUUGACAAUGUUCCUUUAAUAAUUUUGAUCUCAAAUAGUACGAUGUAAAAUGGAGUAUAUAUAUUCAUGACUGUAAACUUUUCUUCUUUCUUUUCUUUUUGUUUUUGUUUUGUUUGAUUCUUACAAUUCAUCUAAAUAUAUAGAAUUAUGUUAUUAUAUUUAUAUGUUUGUUGUUCAAUAAUAAUGUAGUCACAAUCUGGUUGGUGUGAUCAACCCAAUAAAGUCCAACUUUUUUUAUUGUUAAAUUAAGUUAAGUCUGAGGUUUGGUGUCAAAACUGCUGUUUUAUGAGUAAAUGGAGCUGUUUAAGGGCAAAAAUUAAAAAGAUUGCUUAGUUUUUGCUAAUAACACUUUCAAUGUAGGGUUUAUACCCAGGACCAGAUAUCUCCUCGGUGGAAAUGGAUUAUUGAAUAACUACAUCUCAAUCUGUUUGGCAGAGUAAUGUGACCAGUUGUCACAUCUCUGACGGAAAGUGCAAUGUACCAAAACGGUUUUAUUGAAUACAAAACGAUGCAGUAAAAAGUGUGGUUGAAUGCUGAAUGCGAAAUUGAAGAAUUUCAUUUGAAUACUUUAUUUGUAUAUUUAUAUCAUUGUCACAUAUUGUGUCCGUUAAUCUGUUAUUAUACAAGGACUUCAGUUUUAGGGGAACUAAUAUUUAUGAAAAGCAUAUUAUAUUUCCAACAUAGAGGAAAUCACAGAUGGUUAUAUAUAAGAGUUAUUGCCUUGUGCAUAACUUCAGAUUGAUUUUUAAUGUGUAAUUAUACCAAGAAAUUGUGAGUUUAGAGAAAAGAAUAUUAAAAAUAUAGGAGAUUUUGAGAGAUGAGGUGAUUUUGAUAAAAUGAAAAA